UCUAGGCGGCGCUGCGAGAUUUUCGUCUCACUGACGCGCAGCUGCUGUUUCAGGCCUCGAUGCUGCUCAAGUGAAAGCGACACAGAACCGCGUGGAGGAGGAAGAUUUCAAAUCUCAAAAUUCUUGAAAGUCUUUUAUAUUUGGCGUCAACGAGCAUAAGAGACUUUAAUUACACUUAGAAUGUCUCGGUACAUGAGGCCGCCCAACAGCUCUCUGUUCGUCCGAAAUAUUUCCGACGAGUCGCGGCCAGAGGACCUGCGCCGAGAGUUCGGCCGAUACGGGCCCAUUGCCGACGUCUACAUUCCCCUAGACUUCUAUUCACGCCGGCCGAGAGGAUUUGCGUACAUUCAGUUCGAGGACGUCCGGGACGCGGAGGACGCCCUGCACAAUCUGGACCGGAAGUGGGUGUGCGGACGGCAGAUCGAGAUCCAGUUCGCCCAGGGCGAUCGCAAGACGCCCGGGCAGAUGAAGUCCAAGGAGCGGCACUCGCCGCGCAGCCACUCGCGACACGACGACUACGACCGGCGCAGACGCUCGCGCAGCCGCAGCCGCGACAGACGCAGGUCACGCAGCCCGUCCUACGAGAGGCGCCGCAGACGAUCGGAGAGCCCUAGAGAGUCCAGAGGAAGGACGCACAGCAGACGCAGCCGCAGCCGAGAACAUGACAGGCACAGGCCGUCCGGGCGCGACCGCCAUCGCUCCCGCAGCCCCUCCCACUCGAAGAGCAGAGGCGGAGCUCGAUCGCGCUCCAGGUCCAAGUCCGCCAGCCCGCGGGACGCCGGCGACCUCCACGCAGAGACUCAGGACGGCGCUGCUGAAGAGAAGACGCGCUCUCAGUCCCGCUCCCCGACCCGCUCCAGGUCCCGCUCCCGCUCGCGCUCCUGGGCCGGACACAAGUCCUGGGGGCAUUAGACGCCGGCGGACAGACGGCAGGCUUCCGAGUGGAUCGGUCGUUUUGUUUAGCUUUGGGUGCAGUGUAGAAUCAUACUGGAGGUUGGAGGUCCUGCGUGAAUGUCUGCGCGUGACAGCCGUCUGUUCGUUUCUUUUAAUAAGGAGAGGGAAUCAAACUAUUGCCUGCUUUAGCACACGUGUCUGUUAACGGGCUGCAGAGUGUUAGCGUCGACGUAUUGGGUGAAAGAUGUCCGUGCGGUUUAGUUUACAAGCGCGGCUGCGUUUGCCAGCCUGUGCAGAGUGAGAGAUGAAAAUCGCGUCAAUAUUUUUGUAUGAGAUUUUUUUUUUUCUGUUGUUUUUUUUAGUUGAGCAGUAAUGGCCAUCCAUUUGAAACGGUCUUCCAUGAGUGUCUCAGAUGUGUUUUAUUGUGAAAUUUGCAGGCCUUUUACAUGUAACCUCAGAAUGAAAUAAAUUUCUUGUGCAUCAGUC